AUGGCUUAUCAGCGCGGAAAAAGUAAGAACUCCGCUGGGGAUAAUCUGCAAUCGUACAGUUCAGGCUCGGCAUUUACACACCAGUCAAUCGCCGUGGAUCACAAGUCAACUCGUGGCAGUUAUGAUAAGAAAGCGCCUACGACUAUCACCGCUACCGGAAAGGUUGACUGGGUGAUCGGUUUCCUUCUUGCUUCCGUUGCGCUGGCAAUCAGAUUCCAUAAAAUAGACCAUCCAAGCGAAGUCGUCUUUGAUGAAGUUCAUUUCGGGAAAUUCGCAGCUUAUUACAUCAAGAGAGAGUACUACUUUGAUGUUCAUCCUCCACUCGCAAAGAUGCUCAACGGUCUCGCUGGCUACUUGUCUGGUUUCAAUGGCGAUUUCCGCUUCACAAACAUCAACGAUAGCUACACUGCAGGCGGUGUUCCAUAUGUUGGUAUGAGAUCUCUGUCAGCAGUCUUAGGCUCAUUCACCAUACCUCUUAUCUAUGGUAUCAUGCGUGAAUCCGGCUAUCCUAAAGCUAUCGGUAUUCUCUCAGCUGCGAUAAUGCUCUUCGACAAUGGCCACGUCGCUCAAACGCGUUUGAUAUUACUCGAUGCAGCCCUCGUCUUCUUCAUGGCUUUGUCGCUCUAUUCUUACAUGGUUGGUCUCUUCACCUUCCUUACUAUCGGCGUAGCCGUUGCUAUUGAUUUAUGGAACAUUCUCGACAUCCGCAGAGGUCACACAAUGAAUCAAGUAACUCGCCACGUUGCAGCUCGUGUACUCUGUCUCGUUGUUGUCCCUGCUAUAGUGUAUCUCUCACUCUUCUGGGCUCACUUCAAGAUACUCAAAUACUCAGGCCCAGGUGACACAUUCAUGUCUCCAAGAUUCCAGGAGACUCUCCAAGGUAAUCCAGUACUUGAAAAUAGUAGAGAGAUAUUCUACUAUGACACAGCUACUCUCAAAAAUCGCGACACAAGCAACUUUUUACAUACUGAAUUCCAAUAUUACCCUCUUAGAUACCCUGAUGGAAGGGUCAGCAGCCAAGGUCAGAUAGUAUCAGGUAUACCUCAUAGAGGUUUGGAUAACUACUGGCAGAUUCUUCCAGGCGAGGGAUCGGCUCCUAAGGAUGACUUGAAAUUAAGAAAUGGUGAUAUCAUCAAACUGUACCACCAGGACACUGAUACAAACCUUCUGACCCACGAUGUUGCCUCUCCGUUGACCUCCACCAAUGAAGAAUUUACAGCUUGGCCGCAUAACAACACAAACCGCCGUGACCAGGAAGAAGAGUUCCAGAUUCAUGUUCUGGGUGCCCAAGAGGGUGAGGUUGUUAAGUCCCUCGCCAGUCACUUUAAGCUCGUACAUGUCGAUACUGGCGUAUCUAUGUUCAUGAGUGGUAAGGGGCUGCCAUCUGGAUGGGCUCCUGGUAAGUUUGAGGUGAAUGGAAAGAAGGAUGAGUCUGAGCAGGGUGCUACGUGGUACAUUGAUGAGUUUGAAGCUCAUCCAGAGAUGAAGGCUGAGAGCAGACAGAGUGGAUCUACAGGAAAAAGAGUCAAGUCAAUGAGUUUCUUCAAGAAAUUUUUUGAGUUGCAAACCAAGAUGCUGAAGCAUAACGCUGGCCUGACUAACUCACACCCAUACGCUAGUGCACCAAUAGAGUGGCCAUUUCAACUAAAGGGCAUCAGCUUUUGGACAAACAACGACACGCAACAGCAGAUCUACAUGAUUGGAAAUGUCUUUGGUGCUUGGGGGUCUAUAGCGGCGUUGUCAAUAUUCGCAGGUAUUUGGGGAGCUGAUCAAUUGUCGAGAAGGCGCGGACAGGAACCGAUUGAGGAACAUGUCAGACGUAGAAUGCACAACUCAAUUGGCUUUUUCAUAGCUGCAUGGGCUUUCCACUACUUGCCUUUCUUUUUAAUGGGCAGACAGCUCUUCAUUCACCACUAUUUACCAGCUCAGCUUGCCAAUGCACUAGUCGCUGGUGCAGUGGUCAACUUUAUCGCUACAGAGUCAGCCGACUGGCCCCUGACAGGAUCAAGGCUGCGCACACGCAUAGAAUUCCCUAGAACAGCCAAGAUAGUGAUUGCGGGAAUAAUAGUUUGUAUUGUCGCCGUCUUCUGGUUCCUCUCACCAUUGACGUACGGUACGCCCGGUUUGGAAGGCAGCCAGGUGUACCGUAGAAAGCUACUAGACACUUGGACACUACAUUUCUCGCCCAAGUGA